GUUUUAACGGUUGCACGAAAAGAAAGUGUGUGGAGAGAAAAAGGGAUUCAUAAGAAAUCAAGUGGCCUUCUUUUAAAAGAAGCAUAUCAUACUGUGUUUUGUUAAGGGCUUUCUUCCUAAGCAUGGAGUGGAAAACUCCAUUCAUUUCUGAAAAGUUCCAUGUUCGUUUUGGAAGGCACCCAAGCCCAGCUGACAGUGGGGACACAGGAUUGGGUACAACACUGUCGGACAGUGCUGAAGAUUUUUCUGCCUCCAGUGGAAGCUCUACAUUUCAGCCCAUCCGGAACCAAGUCACCAUCCCCACAGCUCAUGUGAUUCCAUCUACUGCAGGCAUGUCUCCUUCUAGACCGAAUAUGGUUAGGGAGCCUUUGACUUUAAAGCAGAUGAGUUGGGCAACAUCAGAUAAUCCAGACUUAAAAGCUGGAUUCAAGUCUAAAACUGAGAUUUCAGUGCCCCAAGUAAGCAGUACUGUUAAUGGAGUUGUAACUAACUUGCAUUCAUUACCUGUGGAACCUCCUAAUCCUCAUACAAUGGUACUGACCAGGCUUGAUCAUUCACUGUUUUCUAAUGCUGAAUUUCUAAACCCGGAUGAUAGCCGAAAAUUUGACAUGCCUGCCAUUGAGCGAACUUUGAACCAAUCUGCAAUGCAGGACACCUUUUAUGCUGAUCCCAGAAUCGAACUUGCCAAACAAGGAGUUGCUACUGAAAUGGGUAAAGAAACCCAUUUUUCAGUGGACUCUACAUACGAAACACUCUUGGAACAAAAAAACAAAAAUAAUACUUCUAGAAAUCACUGCGAGUCACAAACUGGAAUAAAACCCACCAGCUCUACAUCUUCAGGAGUUUUGUUGGGUGGCAUAAAUCCACAGUCUCAAAUGUGGUUAAAGGAGCAAAUGAACAGUAAAGGUUUCAAUCUUGGUUUACCGCAGCACUCAUGUGGCCUUCUUGCAUGGCAGCAAAAACAGGAUUUUGACAGCCUCCGUUUGCAGAUGGAGCAAAUGCAGCUCCUAAAUGGAGGUGCUCCUAAAUACCCUACAAUAUAUCAACCAAUUUUACCCCAGGAUACCAGUAAGUGGGAUACACUGAUCAAAGCCAAUGAAAACCUGUUGAAAGAAAAGGAGAUGGUCAUUGAGCAACAAAAACAACUGAUCUUUCAGCUUGAACAUAAGAUGAGAGAAAGUGAGCUUCGGGUACAGAGCACUCUUAUUGGUAGAAAUUCCUCAUAUAAUGAUAUCUACUUGUUUCGACUACAGGAAGCGCAAAGAGAAAAUACUUUCUUAAGAGCUCAGUUUGCUGAGAGGAUAGAUUGCUUUAACAAGGAGAAAUCUGAAGCGGAACAGAAGUUGGCUUCUGCUGAGGCAGAGGUUCGAAGGUUAAAUGAUUCUCUUAUGGAAUGUACACAGAAGCAUACAGAAGAAAUGAAGAAACAGGAGGACCGGAUUCGAGGAAGAGAUAAGCACAUCAAUGGACUGAAGAAAAAGUGCCAAAAAGAAUCUGAACAAAACCGGGAGAAGCAGCAGAGGAUUGAGACUCUUGAAAGGUAUCUGGCAGACCUGCCAACUCUGGAGGACUACAAGAAACAAAGUAGUGAGCUUAAAGAUCUGGAACAUAGAUGCAGUUUGUUGCAAGAUACAGUAUCUGAUCUGGAGACAAAAUUGUUAGAGGCUCGUACCAAGUGUAGAGAAAAGGAAUCUCGCCUAGAAACAUUAAAAGAAAAGGAAAGUGAACUCCUAACAACUGUGCACAGUUUACAAGAUAAGGUGAAGCAGUGCUUGGAUGAUGGUGCUAAUUUGCCCUUGACUGACUUGGAUAAGCUAAAACAUGAAAACCAUUCUCUCAAAGAAGAACUUGAACGGGCUAAAAAGAUGAUAGAAAAACAGCUGAAGAAAAUGGAGCAGGUUGUAUCAAAAAUAAGGAUGUUAGAGGACCAAUUAGCUAAUGAAGAAGGAACAAGUAAUGCUCUAAGAGAGGAAAUUAUGAUGAAGGAGAAUAAUAUACAGCAGCUCCGUUUAGCUAUGAGAGAGCUUUCAGCCCAGAACCAGGAGCUGAUAGAAAAGACUCUCAUACUUCAGGAAACAAUUGGACAUUCAGAAUCGAAACCACUGCUCCCAGAGAUGGCACAACUAACCAGGAAACUGCAUUGUGAGAUGUCCUCAUGCCUACGUGAGCUGCAGUCACUCUGCAACAUUCUAAAUCAAAGAUGUCAAGGCCGAGAUCCCAACCUCUCCCUACUGCUUGGAAUUCGAUCUACGCAGUACCCUAUGGAUGAUCAGGAUGACUGGCAAAAUGUAGAUGUUCUCUCCAAGAAGUUGUCGGAUAUUCAGCACCUCCGAAAUGAAGUGGAGGAGCUAAGAACUACUAUAUCAGACCGAUAUGCACAAGACAUGGGUGACAACUGUAUCGCACAAUAACGCUUGUGAUUAUUUGACAGUUUGAUGUUGCAAAUGUAUAUAAUGUAUACAGAACUGGUUCUUGUCAGAAAUAUUUGCAAAACAAAAAGUUCUUUAAUCCAUAUGACGGCCUUUAACUUUAAAGAUGCAAACCAGUCCUUUCCCUGCUUCUGUUAAUGAAGUUUCCAUAAUUUGGUCUGUAGCACCAAUUGAAGAAAUGAAACAACCAUCUUUGCAGAAGGCCACUUAAAGAAGAAAUCUUGAUGUAAGGGACUUCCCCACACCCUGCAGUUAAAAUGCACCUUUUAUGUUUUAUGAACUACUGAGAUGCUUUCCCUUUUGGAGAGUGGUGCGUUUUUGUUUUUUGUGGUUGAUAAUCAAUUCUAUUCCUUAAGAGUGGAAGGUAUAUUCAGAGUUUGAGUUGCCAUGCUUGGUAAUCUGACUUUAGCAUUAUUCAUGUGAAAGAAUUCACGGUAGUUGGCUGUUUGUUUGUUUUGAAAAUUAAGUACUCCUUGUUAUGGAUGUCCAAGUAUGCUCCUGCAGCUGUGUAAGCAUUUUUAAUUUUCUAAUGUGCUGUUUGUUUUAACCCCCAAUUCCUCCCACCCUGCAUCUUUUAGACUUGCAAUUUAAAUGUAAGGUUAAACUAAUAACCUGCAUCACCAUAGUAUUUAAAUCCGGUUGGGAUGAUACACUUCAGGAAUAGUGUCCUAUUUUAGUAUUAAAGUUGUAAUCGUGGAAUCCAGUGAGAAGAAACCUAAAUUAUACUAAUUAUAAAUUUUAUUUUUAUUUUUUUUUGUGUGUGUUUGUUGCGCCAGGACUUUUUUUUUUUUUUUUUU